GAUUAAUCUGUCAUUGGAGAAUUACAUAGUCUCCGGUUCGGGACGUGAUGUCCCUCUAACGCGCAGAUGCACCCGCGGUUUAACCCGUUCCCAAUCAGACCCAGGGACAGGCCUUGAGACAAGAACACUGGAGCUCUCCAUCUUCAUCAGGAUUAGGCUGGUGGGAUUAAUCCUCACGGCUGGGAUAGACGAGGAAUCGACGCUCAAUGGCUUCUUGAUGCGCAAAGGUCAACAUCAGCAUCAGCACCAGAAUCAGCACCAGCUUCAGCACCAGAAUCAGCACCAGCAUCCUCUCUAGCUCACAUUCCCAAAUCUCUCUCUCUCUCUCUCUCUCUCUCUCUCUCUCUCUCUCUCUCUCUCAUUUCAUCACCCACACAAACACACACACACACACACACACACACACACACACACACACACACACACACCAUCAUGGGGAACCGAGGCAUGGAGGACCUGAUCCCGUUAGUGAACCGGCUGCAGGAUGCCUUCAGCAGCAUCGGGCAGAGCUGUAAUCUCGACCUGCCGCAGAUCGCCGUGGUCGGAGGCCAGAGCGCCGGGAAAAGCUCCGUGCUGGAGAACUUCGUUGGAAAGGAUUUUCUUCCCCGAGGCUCUGGCAUCGUCACUCGCAGGCCCCUGGUGCUGCAGCUCAUCAACUCUAUCACAGAAUUUGCCGAGUUUCUCCACUGCAAAGGAAAGAAGUUCACGGAUUUCGAUGAGGUGCGGCAGGAGAUUGAGGCCGAGACGGAUCGAGUCACUGGAGCCAAUAAGGGCAUUUCUCCAGUUCCUAUUAACCUAAGGGUGUGUUCCCCACAUGUGUUGAACCUGACUCUGAUCGACCUACCGGGGAUCACCAAGGUGCCGGUGGGAGACCAGCCUCCAGACAUCGAGCAGCAGAUCCGUGACAUGAUCAUGCAGUUCAUAACCCGAGAAAGCUGCCUCAUCCUCGCCGUCACACCCGCCAACACCGACCUGGCCAACUCCGACGCCCUUAAACUGGCCAAGGACGUGGAUCCUCAGGGUCUGAGAACAAUUGGCGUAAUCACUAAACUGGACCUGAUGGAUGAAGGCACUGAUGCUCGAGAUGUUCUGGAGAACAAGCUGCUUCCCUUACGGAGGGGUUAUAUCGGGGUGGUGAACCGCAGUCAGAAGGACAUUGAGGGAAAGAAGGACAUUAAAGCGGCUCUGGCUGCAGAGAGAAAGUUCUUCCUGUCUCAUCCUUCAUACAGACACCUGGCGGACAACAUGGGUACACCUUACCUGCAGAAAGCCCUCAACCAGCAACUGACCAAUCACAUCCGCGACACGCUGCCGGCGUUUCGGAGUAAACUUCAAUCUCAGCUUCUCGCUCUGGACAAGGAGGCCGAGGAAUACCGCCACUUCAGACCUGACGAUCCAUCACGCAAGACUAAAGCCCUGCUGCAAAUGGUGCAGCAGUUUGCAGUGGACUUCGAGAAACGCAUCGAGGGAUCAGGUGAUCAAGUGGACACCAUUGAACUUUCUGGAGGAGCCAAGAUCAACCGCAUCUUCCACGAACGCUUCCCUUUCGAACUGGUCAAGAUGGAGUGCGAUGACAAGGAGAUGCGCAGAGAGAUCAGCUACGCUAUCAAAAACAUUCACGGCAUCAGGACAGGCCUGUUCACACCGGACAUGGCGUUCGAGGCGAUAGUGAAGAAACAGAUCGUGAAGCUGAAGGAACCGUGCAUUAAAUGUAUUGACCUGGUCAUUCAGGAGCUCAUCAACACAGUGCGUCAGUGCGCUAAUAAGCUGGGUACGUUCCCCAUGUUGCGGGAGGAGACGGAGCGAAUCGUCACUUCACACAUUCGCGAGCGAGAGAGCCGGGCCAAAGAGCAGAUUCUGUUGCUCAUCGAUGUACAGCUCGCGUACAUCAACACCAACCACGAGGAUUUCAUAGGAUUCGCCAAUGCACAACAGAGGAGUAGCCAAGCAAACAAGACGAGUUCUGCCGGAAACCAGGACAUUCAGGUCUCAUCACCGACAGCCUCGGGGGGAAUUGUCAUUCGCAAAGGUUGGCUGACCAUCAACAACAUCAGCAUCAUGAAAGGAGGAGCAAAGGAGUACUGGUUCGUGCUGACAGCCGAGAGCUUGUCCUGGUUCAAGGAUGAUGAGGAGAAAGAGAAGAAAUACAUGCUGCCUCUGGACAACCUGAAGGUCAGGGACGUAGAAAAAGGCUUCAUGUCCAGCAAGCACAUGUUUGCCAUCUUCAAUACAGAGCAACGAAACGUCUUCAAGGACAAUCGGUUCCUAGAGCUGGCAUGCAACACUCAGGAAGAGGUGGACAGCUGGCGAGCGUCCCUGCUCCGUGCUGGGGUUUAUCCCGAGAAAACUUCGGUGGAGAGUGAGAGCUCUGGUGCCACAGAGAACUUUUCCAUGGAUCCUCAGCUGGAAAGAAAGGUGGAGACCAUCCGGAACCUGGUGGACUCCUACAUGUCCAUUGUUAACAAGUGCAUCCGGGACCUCAUGCCCAAGACCAUAAUGCACCUUAUGAUCAAUAACGUGAAGGACUUUAUCAAUGCAGAGCUUCUGGCUCAGCUGUACUCGGCUGGGGACCAGAACACACUGAUGGAUGAGUCUCAGGAGCAGGUGCAGCGCAGGGAUGAGGUGCUGCGGACCCACCAUGCGCUGAAGGAGGCACUCGCCAUCAUUGGAGACAUCUCCACCACGACCAUUACCACCCCCCUGCCUCCUCCCGUGGACAGCUCCUGGCUUCAGCCUGGUUCUGGAGGCUCUCGCAGGUCUCCUCCUCCAAGCCCUACUGCCCCACGUAGAAUGUCUGCUGGCCAGAGGCCUGCAGGGCGGGGUGCUCCUCCUCCUCCAUCACGCCCAGGCCCUCUUGGGCCCUUUAACAACAGUGGUGAUAGUCCACAGGUGCCCAAUCGCCCAAAUCGUGCUCCUCCCAGCAUUCCCAGCCGUCGACCCCCACCCUCCCCUACCCGACAGGUCCCGUAAGCCUCCCAGCGGGAUCCCGAUCACCCUGGACCAAGCACUCACACGUUCCUCAAACGCUCUUACAGUACGUCUCAUAGCCCUCUGAUCCCUGAGCUUCAACUUCUGCAUGACCCAGUCCUUAUAUCUUCUCUGCUCCCAGAUCAUUCCUGGACUCACCUUCUGUGUGCUCAUCCCUCACUUUUUCUCAGUGCUAGUGUCCGUGUUAGCCAUGCUCGUCUCGUGCCGUGUCUCUGUGCCUGCGAUCUGGUUCGGCCAAUCGGAUCGAGUCCUAACACACAAUCCCUGUAAUACCUACAUGUGCUUUUUGGUUUCACCGCUGUAGUCUGUGAAAUCCAUAGUGACCAUGCUGAUCUCUGAUCUCAGAUCUCGUAGUUGCAUGUUUUCGUUUUGAAGAGUAUAUUUUUAUGCGUGUCCGCUCAGGUGUGCAGGUCUUGCUACCUUGCUACGUGAAGAAUAUUUUUAGCCAGAGGUUGUGCGUAUGGUGUAUGUGUGCUCGCAUCACGCCAACACUCCAGCUCCAAUAAAACGUCGACGAGUCAUACAGUGUGUGUGUGUGUGUGUGUGUGUGUGUGUGUGUGUGUGUGUGUGUGUGUGUGAAUAUUAGAUUUAAGACCGUUUUUCUGAAUAUACAGUCCAAGAAGAACAUUACUGGAUCUACUGCAAUAUAUGAUUAACAGCAAGUUCUAGAUCUCAUAACACUUUUUGUGUUGAAUCAGUGGUUUGAAAGAUAAAACUGGGGGAUGAAAUGUCACUAAUCUACAAUUUCCACAGUGGAGCAUUAUUUAAAAAAGUCAGUCUACUUGGAAGCUUGCAUGAUGUUAUCCAUCUUGCAGAUAUUCAUCGCUUGCCAAUAGAUUCACAUGGGUGACAAAAGGAAAACCUGAAAACUCUUCCAGAAAAUAAAUAUCAAGAUCAAAUUAUCCAGUUUCUGGAUCGAGAAUAAAAUUUUAAUGAGUCAAAUUUCAAAGAAGGCAGUAGACCAUGAUGCAGAGCAAAAUGCAGAAGAACGAGACCAGACUAAUACUCUGGUAGGGAGAUGAAGAGAUUCAAACCAGAACUGACCAAGACUAAGAUCCAGAUCCAGAUCUAGAGUCAUAAGACUGAGAUCCAGAUCAAGAUUUAGUGAAGUCUAAAAUCUGGCUGAAGAUUUGGUGUAGUCAAGAUCAAGAUCCAAACCAAAACUUGAAGUAAAGAAACUGAGAUCCAGAACAAGUUUUAGAAUCAGAACACUGAGAUCUGGAUGAAGAUUUGGUAAAGUCAGACCAAGAUCCAGAUCAUGUCUGAGAUCUGAGAUAAAGAACAUUUGCAGCAUUGGCAAAUGCACUCAUCCUGCACAAAUGAGCUGGUGAAUGUUAAGGGCCUUGCUCUGGGGCCAACAGUUGCAGCUUAGUGUGGAUGGAAUUUGAAAUCAUGAGCUUCUGAUCCAAAUUUCAACGUCUUACCACUUGUAAGUGACACAACUAAGAUCUGGAUAAAGUUUAGCUGAAGUAAGACCAAAAUCCAGACCAUGACGGACCAAAAUUUGAAGAAAUCGAAUGAAAAUCUAAAAUCUUCUGCAAAUAUCCCGAGAUCGAGAACAAGAGAUUUCAACUCCAGCUCUGGUGUGUGUGUGUGUGUGUGUGUGUGUGUGUGUGUGUGUGUGUGUUCUGCGUGGUGAUUCCUGCACGUUUUGUUUGCUGGUACAUCCGUUUCCACCGUGUGUUUCUUGAUAUCAGCGAUUGGCGCCGAAGCCCUGAUGUUUGACGAAGCCCUUACCUCAUCUAACCAUUUAUUUUCCUAUCGAUGUGUCUUCUCAUUCUAUACUUCAUCAAACAUGGAGCGUUCGACAUCACUACAGCUUAAUAACCUACACUAUCCUCUCAGCUAUACGGUAACCGUGCAACGUGGAACUGUGUGUGUGUGUGUGUGUGUGUGUGUGUUACUUAAAGUUUAAAAAGUAAUAAUAGUGAUUCAUUUUUUAUUUUUUGGAUCAUUAUUUACUCCGAAAAGACUGCCAUAAAGACUUCACGAUGGAUGAACGUGAAUUGAGCGAAUGUUAUUUACGUUCUGUAACGAAGUUUGAAUGUCGUCAGUAAAAUUCCACCUGUUCUCCCAUCUGUCCCAGAAAUCCGCAAUCCUAGACUUUUAAGAAAUAAAAAAAAAAUGCAACAAAAAAAAAACGUGUCCUAGAAGUUGAAAUUAGAGUCGUACCCGUGUCAGUGCGCAGUCGGUGUGUCGUUUCCGUGGGUCCUCUGUCCGUUUAGUGUACUGCCGAGUCAAGCAGGUGAUUUUUGUUACGUACUUGAAAUCCUUUUCGUUCCUUACUGUAAAUCUCAGAUUUCCGAUUCAUACUAACGUAAUGGCAUGAAAAAAAAAAUCUGUAUUGCCAAAGCUAGUCAUAGGAUCAAUCUAUAUAAUAUGCAACAGUGUCACAUACACGUACGUAUACACACACACACACACACACACACACACACACACACACACACACACACACAUAUAUAAAUAAAUAUAUAUAAAGAAAUAAUAUUGUUCUCUGGAGGAAAUCAAGAUGCCUCCGUUUUGUAAAUGUGGUUCUUUUGCGGGAUAUGUAAACUGUAUUAGUGAUUAUAAUCCUUAUGUAAUUCAAUAAAAACCUGUGUUGAACAUCGUUA